CACUGAGACAAGCCCAUUCACAUGUUCUAUGUGUGAGACGGGAUUCAGUUGGUCAUCCCACCUGUGGAUACACCAGUCUGUUCACACUGAGCAGAGGCUGGUCAUCUGCUGAAUUUGUGGGGAAGGAUUCACGCGGUUAUUCGACCUAAUGGCUCACCAGCGAGUUCACACCAGGGAGCGACCGUUCACCUGCUCAGACUGCGGGAAGGGAUUCACUCAGUCAUCUAACCUGAAGGUACAUCAGAGAGUUCACACUGGGGAGAGGCCAUUCACCUGCUCGGACUGUGGGAAGGGAUUCACUCGAUCAUCCCAACUGAAGGUACAUCAGCGAAUUCACACUGGGGAGAGGCCAUUCACCUGCUCAGACUGUGGGAAGGGAUUCACACAGUUAGGUAACCUACAAGCACAUCAGCGAGUUCACACUGGGGAGAGGCCAUUCACCUGCUCAGACUGUGGGAAGGGAUUUGCUCGAUCAUCUGAUCUACAGAUACAUCAGCGAGUUCACACUGGGGAGAGGCCGUUCACCUGCUCAGACUGUGGGAAGGGAUUCACUUCGUCAUCUCAACUGAAGGAACAUCAGAGAGUUCACACUGGGGAGAGGCCAUUCAUCUGCUCAGACUGUGGGAACGGAUUCACUUCGUCAUCUCAACUGACGGUGCAUCAGCGACUUCACACUGGCGAGAGGCCGUUCACCUGCUCAGACUGUGGGAAGGGAUUCACUCGAUCACCUGAUCUGCAGAUACAUCAGCGAGUUCACACUGGGGAGAGGCCGUUCACCUGCUCAGUUUGUAGGAAGGGAUUUACUCAGUCAUCUCAUCUGCAGAUACAUCAGCGAGUUCACACAGGGCAGAGGCCAUUCACCUGCUCAGACUGUGGGAAGGGAUUCACACAGUCAGCUCACCUACAAGAACACCAGUCAGUUCACACUGGGGAGUGGCCAUUCACCUGCUCAGACUGUGGGAAGGGAUUCACUUGCUCAUCUAAACUGAAGGUACAUCAGCGAGUUCACACUGGGGAGAGGCCAUUCACCUGCUCAGUCUGUGGGAAGGGAUUCAAUUUAUCAUCUCAUCUGAAGGUACAUCAGCGAGUUCACACUGGAGAGAGGCCGUUCACCUGCACAUACUGUGGGAAGGGAUUCACUCAGUCAUCCGACCUACUGAAACACCAGCGAUUUCACACUGGGGAGAGGCCGUUCACCUGCUCAGUCUGUGGGAAGGGAUUCACUCGAUCAUCUGAUCUACAGAGACACCAGCAAGUUCACACUGGGGAGAGGCCGUUCACCUGCUCAGACUGUGGGAAGGGAUUCACUCAGUCAUCCCAACUGAAGAGUCAUCAGCGAGUUCACACUGAGCAGAAGCCAUUCACCUGCUCAGUCUGUGGGAGGAGAUUCACUGAUUCAUCCAACCUACAGAGACAUCAGCGAGUUCACACUGGGGAGAAGCCGUUCACCUGCUCAGUCUGUGGGAAAAGAUUCACUGAUUCAUCCACCGUACAGAGUCAUCAGCGAGUUCACACUGGGGAGAAGCCGUUCACCUGUUCAGAAUGUGGGAAGGGAUUCACUCAGUCAUCCAAACUACAGAUUCAUCAGCGAGUUCACACUGGGGAGAAGCCAUUCACCUGCUCAGAAUGUGGGAAGGGAUUCACUCAGUUAUCCACCCUGCAGAGACAUCAACGAGUUCACACUGGGGAGAAGCCGUUCACCUGCUCAGUCUGUGGGAAGAGAUUCACUGAUUCAUCCAACCUACAGAGACACCAGUUAGUUCACACAGGGGAGAAGCCGUUCACCUGCUCAGUCUGUGGGAAGAGAUUCACUGAUUCAUCCACCCUACAGAGUCAUCAGCGAGUUCACACUGGGGAGAAGCCAUUCACCUGCUCAGAAUGUGGGAAUGUAUUCACUCGGUCAUCCCAACUACUGGCACACCAGUCAGUUCACACUGGGGAGUGGCCGUUUACCUGCUCAGAAUGUGGGAAAGGAUUCACUCAAUCGUCCACCCUACUGACACAUCUGCGAGUUCACACUGGGGAGAAACCGUUCACCUGCUCAGUCUGUGGGAAGAGAUUCAGUCAGUCAUCCAACCUACAGAGACAUCAGCGAGUUCACACUGGGGAGAAGCCAUUCACCAGCUCAGUAUGUGGGAAAGGAUUCACUCAGUCAUCCCACCUACUGGCACACCAGUCAGUUAACACUGGGGAGUGGCCAUUGUUAUGAAUCCCUAGAUCUCUUUUGCUGUGGUCUGUCAUUUUGAGAGAGAGAGAGAUUAAGAAUGGAAAUCAGUCUGUCUUGCAGCUUGUUUUCAUCGCUCACAGCUUGUUUAGUUUUAACCAAGGACACAGAUACUCAGUCAGACGGAGAUGAAGAAGGAUAAAUGGAAGGAUCGAAACAAGGGAACUAGUGGCCAAGGGUCACUGUUUAGAACUUUCCUAUGCCCACAAGGGUGGGUUAAUUAUCGAUUCAGCGAACAUCGAAUGUGUGGUUGUCACCUCGUUUGAUCCAUAGGAGUGGAUCGGAUUUGGGGUCUCCUGUGAAGACCACUUAUGUGUUAACCCUUGCCUGGGUGUGGUGUGGAAAUUCACUUGAAGACGAUACCCCUUCUGACAAGUCACCUUCGGUGAUAAUUUGUAUGUGGAUUUGGAACGACGACGGAUAAAAUCUACAGCGACUGUUCUUUUGUUUUACCACUGUGGAAACUGUGGAAUUCAACAUAAUUGCCUUCUCUCGACAUUUACCCUGGAUUACAAAUAUCUCUCUCUCCUCAACUAUUCUGUGGUUGAACUGAACUUUCAUAGUUUACCAUCUCAAGACUCCAAGCCUUGUUUCCCCUGAGCUCAAUAGUUUGGGAGUUAUAUUUACACACGUACACAUAACACUGUUAACUUUUGUUUAUCUUGCUUAAAAUACUAUAUUGUUAGUAGAUACUAAUAAAGAUAGUGGAUUUAACAUCAAAACCAGACUCCAGGUGUAGUCUAUUGCUGCUGACUCAUUUCUAAAGCGUUAGGGUUCAUAACAAAAUUUGGGCCUGCAUCCGGGAUAUGAACAGAUUUGGAAGCGUGUUGAUUAAUUAUUGAUUUCAUUGGGGAAAUCCCUUUUGAUUUAUUUGUGUGUGGAAAAUCAGCAGCAAUGGAUGUUGAUAAACAUCUGGAAGCAUCAACCUCUGAGG